GAUUCCAAAUAUGAUAAAUAAUGACUCAGGUUUUUACUGUUGAAUCCUUAUCAAUGGCAGAAUCAGCGAAAAAUUUUGUCGAUACAGGAUCGAUUAUUGCUGAUUCAUUAUCAUCAAUAUUAACAUCAACAUUAACACCAUCAUUAUCAUCAUCAUCAUCAUCAUCAUUAUCAACAGCGGCAAUGAUGAUAAAUAAUGAUCAAAAUGAAAAUUUUACAAAAAAUAUGAAUAAUGAUGAUAAUACUAUUGAAUUAUUUGAAUCGAUAUCCGAUUUUACAAUACAGAAUAUAAUAUAUUCAAUACUUUAUUCAACAGUAUCAUUAGCCGCAAUCGGUGGUAAUGGUAUUGUUAUCUAUUUGAUUGUAAAUUUUCGCCGAAAUCGUCGUUCAGUAACCGAUCUAUUUAUAUUAAAUUUAGCUAUUGGUGAUUUAUUGAUGGCAAUAUUAUGUAUACCAUUUACAUUUACAGCUAAUCUAUUAUUCCAUGCAUGGCCAUUUGGUUCAUUAAUGUGUCGUUUAGUAUCAUAUGCUCAAGCAGUAUUUGUAUUUAUUUCGGCAUAUACAUUGGUUGCAAUCAGUAUUGAUCGUUAUAUUGCCAUUAUUUAUCCAUUAAGGCCACGUAUGACUAAACGUCAUAGUCAAUAUUUGGUUUUAUUUGUAUGGAUAGUAGCCCUUUUAACACCAUUACCAACUGCCUUAUUAUCACGAUUAAUGUUACAAUCAUCAUCAACAUCAAAUAUCGAUCAUAAUAAUAAUAUUAUGGUUGUUGAUAUUGAUCAAACAAAUGUAUCGCAUUCAUUAUCAUCAUCAUCAUCGCCUAUAUCAUUUUGUCAAGAAGAUUGGAAUAAUAAUCAAGAAUAUCGUACAUCAUAUUCAGUAUUAUUAAUGAUAUUACAAUAUAUUUUACCAUUUACUGUAUUGGUUUUUACAUAUACACGUAUUGGAUUAAUGAUUUGGGGUAGACAAACACCAGGUGAACGUGAUGGUGGACGUGAUGCACGUAUUGCUGCAUCUAAACGAAAGAUGGUAAAAAUGAUGAUUACCUGUGUGGUUGCAUUCACAUUAUGUUGGUUACCAUUAAAUAUAUUCAUUAUAAUUGGUGAUCAUUAUCCAGAUAUUUAUCAAUAUGAUCAUAUUGAAUAUGUAUGGGUUGCAUGUCAUUGGUUAGCAAUGUCACAUGCAUCAUAUAAUCCAUUUAUUUAUAUUUGGAUGAAUCAAAGAUUUCGUAAUGGUUUUCGUUUUGUUCUACAACGUUGUUUUUGUAGAUAUCGUUGUUGUCCACGUUCAUUAUCGAUUAAUAAUAAUAAUGGUGGUGGCGGCGGCGGCAGAAAUGAUGGUGGUGGUGGUGGUUGUGGUCAAGGUGUCACAAGUAAUACAUUAAAUAAUAUUCAUAAUAAUAAUCGUCAUAAUAUUGAUGGUGAUUUAGCAACUACAAUCGGUAUUGGUGGUGGUGGUGCAGGUAAUGGUAAUAAUAAUUGUGGUUGUAGCAUCGGUGGUAUUAGUGCUGAUAAUAGUAAUCAUCAAAUAACAUUAAAUAAUAAUAGUAAUCAACAACAAACAACAAUUAUAAUUACCGAUAAUGAUAAUGAUAAUAGUUUAAUGAAAAAUUGUCAAAAUAAUGGUAAUUAUCAUUGUAAAAAGCAUUAUCGAAAAGCAUCUCAACAACAACAAAAAUCACAAACAACAACAACAACAACAACAAUGAAAAAUAAACGUUCAUUUUCAAUGACAGUUGCUGUAAAUUAUUUUAAUCCACAAUUAUUUAAUCGUUAUUCUUGUAAUAAUAAUCAUAAUAAUCAUAAUCAUAAAUCCAAAAUAUACAAUGGACGAUUAAAGAAAAAUGAUCAAUUAUUAAAAAUGGAACAACAACAACAACAACAACAAUCAUUAUCAUCACCAUCAUCAUCAUCAUUAUUAUUAUUAUCAUUGAAAAAUAUUAAUGACAAACAAUAUCAAUGA